AUGUCACCUGGCACACGAUCAGGAAGUCCAGCUGCGGAUGCUGGGCCUCUCUCAGCAAGAAAACGGGCUGCCCCUAGAGCAGCUAGUGGAAAGCGGAAGGCGACAGAGUCUACAGCCACGGCCAACCCAAAGAAAAUAAAAGCUGAGCCCGGAAGCAAGAGAGCCGAGCCAAAGGAAAAACAGCCGGAGCGCGAGCCUGAAGUCGAAUUAAAGGGAUUUGAUCACUCGUACGUCGGGGAAUCCAAGCCUCCUGCUCCUCCAACAAUGCCUGCGCGCAAUGAACGGUGGCAGCACAAGGGCGCGGAGUCGCUCGACGAUAUUACAAAGCUCCCGCAGGGCUGGAAUGAAUCUGAGCCUGAUCUUCAUCCCGACGAUUUGGAUGCCAAAAUUGAGAGGUGCAAGGAGAGAAUUGAAGAUAACAUCAUGGUCAAACGGUUCAAAAGGAAAUUGGAGAGCUUGCUUGAAGAAAAGGCAGAUAAUGAAGCGAUCACUGCAUCCGAGCCUGCGGGUCUGUCUUGGCCCACAAUUCAACGUCUGCAAGUUCUCAAGAUCACGCAUGCCAAUUUGACUAAGGAUAACGAUCCAUACGUGAUGCUCCCAAACGUGAAUGGCAUUAUGGCAGCUUACCGGUCCGGAGAUUUGGCAUGGAACACCGGCCUUGUCACCUACUGGUGCGAUGGUAAAAAACUUUGCGAACCUCGACCUUUGAAGUGGGAGGACUUUGAAAAGGCGAGAGAAGCCUUUCCUGGACCUGACCAUAGUUUCUGGAUUGAAGGUGUAAGAACAAAUUGCCCAUUUACUUUCAAGAUCCUCAAAGCUAAUGACACGCCAGAUGCAUGA